UUUUGAUUGGUCCAUUGUGUUUUGUGUACACCACCUAGUGAAGCAAUCUGCAUCGCUGAUCGCACUCCUCAGGUACCGGCCUGUGGUUGUUCAGUCCAACGUGAUGCCUCGUUUCACAGUCCAUGUUCGGGACGAGUGGCUAACUGUUCCAUGCAAAGAUGCCACCUGCAGCAUUAAAUGGUUGGGUUUUGAAGCUCUCAAGCGCUACAUCAAGAACAAACCCGACAAUGGAGGGAUCCAGCAUAUCAAAGAUGUGCGUUUUGUGGUCAGAAGAUGUCAGGGAUUGGGCUUGCUGGACAGUGACGAUACCGUAGAAGACGUGCUUGAGGAUAAUGACUUUGUUGAACUUGCUAUUGAAGGGGACACCAUGUCACAAGAUUUCAUUCCAAGUCAGCCUGGGACGUCACAUCUAACAAGAGCAUACAGAGAACCUGAGCAAUACAUUUCUCUAGAUGGGAACAGCCUGACCUCAACUGAUCUAGUGAAUUUAGGGAAAGGCCUGUAUAAGAUUAAGUUGAGCCCAGAGGCGGAGCAAAAGGUUGUGCAAUCGAGAGAGCUUCUGGACACCAUUGUGAAAGAAAACAAAGUUGUCUAUGGCAUCACUACAGGGUUUGGUAAAUUUGCUCGGACUGUCAUCCCAGUCAGCAAGCUCAAGGAGCUUCAGGAAAAUCUUCUGCGCUCACACUCCUCAGGUCUGGGAAGUCCUUUAAGUCCUGAAAGAACUCGAAUGCUGCUCGCACUGAGGAUCAAUGUUUUGGCCAAAGGGUACAGCGGGGUUUCACUGGAGACGCUGCACCGCAUGAUCCAUGCCUUCAAUGCCUCCUGUUUAUCGUACGUCCCGGAGAAGGGUACGGUGGGUGCGAGCGGAGAUCUCGCCCCUCUUUCUCACCUCGCCCUUGGCCUCAUGGGAGAAGGCAAGAUGUGGUCGCCCAAGAGCGGCUGGGCGGAUGCCAAAUAUGUUUUGGAAGCACAUGGUCUGAAGCCCAUAUCUCUGAAGCCAAAGGAGGGGCUGGCUCUGAUCAAUGGGACUCAGAUGAUCACUUCUUUGGGAGCAGAGGCCGUGGAGAGAGCCGAGGCUAUAUAUAUAUAUCAGAAUAUGUCAUUUGUUCAGAUAUCAAACCUGAAUUUGUCUGUUUUAUUUAUCCUUACAGUGCUAGCUAUUGAGUUGUUAGCAGCCUGUCAGGGUAUCGAGUUUCUACGCCCACUACGUACGACGACCCCAUUGGAGAAAGUGUAUGAUCUUGUGCGUGCCACAGUAAAGCCCUGGAUUAAAGACAGAUUCAUGGCUCCAGACAUUGAAGCUGUACAUCGGCUACUCGUAGACCAGAAGGUGUGGAACAUUGCUGGGCCAUACAUUGAGAAAUACUGUAUGGAAUACAUCCCAGAGUCCCGCCCCUCUUCCCCAACAGCCUUUGCUCUGGACCCGCCCCCAUCACCACGGAAACGGGUCAGGCUGGAGUGACAGAGGAUGGCAUCCUGCUGAUACUGUCCUCACAUUCAAUACAUUAUGAUGAAUUUAUAUAGAGCCUUUAAAAUGUGUGCACAUUUCAGCAUAGUUCUCACACUUUAAUGCUUCUUUCCUUGAAUGAAGUUCAUUAUAAGAUGUGAAAUAUUCCACUUCUGCUGUAAGAGUAUUUUGCCAUCUGUUGGCCCUUAUGCAAUGUUUCCAUUUCUGAGUGAAGUGUUAGUGAAUAAAUGUCUUGUUAUAUCAGUUUUGUGUUUCUUUUCCACUUUCACACCCGUUGACAGCAGAAUAGAGUCUGUUACUGUUUUCAUUCAGAUUUUGAAACGCCUAUCAAACACUUCCACCAGUCCAGUCUUAAAGGAAGUGUCUUUGAACUCAUGUCACUGAGGGAUUCUGACAAAUGGAAGGAUGUUGUUCUUUGUUCCUUGGCUCGCCACCAUGUGAAAUACAGUAUAUGUU